GGUCGUCACCUCAUCUGCAUGGACUUCAUAAUCUUUUAAAAAAGCUUGCCUCUCAAAAUCUAUAUCUCGUGGUUUUCUUCUUCUGUUACACGGGUGAUGCAUCAUAUAUAGCAGCACUCGCAUUUUAUUGUUAUUGCACUUCUUACUCUUUGCAAAGACUCAUUCAUCAUCAUCAUAUUUAACAAAUUCAUAUCGAAUCGUUGGAGGAUAAGUCACCAACCAAGUCAGCAUCAUCAUUCAACACUUGAGACUCAAGUAUUUACAACCAUAUUUUACUUGCAAGGAGUUGGAUGGAUACGUCGUCUCCCUGAACAAUUUUAUAGUACAGGAGCUAAACAAACGAGAAAAAGUCUUGUCAUCACUGCCACCCUGAAUUUUAUUAUUACGCUUUGUUCAAUUUAAUUGCGAAAUUUCAUUUGCCCGUGACAUUUUCGUUUCAUGAAUCAGAACAAGUCUUGAUGAAUGAAUUGCUGGUGAGAAACAGUUUCCGUCUUGAAAAAAAGUUGGGAUCGUGUCGUUGUCUCAAAUCUGCCCAAUUUCGCAAUUACUUAUCUAUCACGCUGGGGAAUAAUGCAUCGGAAAGUGCACAUUAAGUAUUGAUUGAGUGAAAGUGAGGAUAAGUUUAGCACCAAUUUCGUCGUCCAGAAACGAGAAGGGGAGAGAGACCGGCUACGACAUGGUCACUGCUUGUUUGUGCCUCCCGUUGUCAACGGGAGUGAAAAUUAUUGCCUUCAUGUCCAUCCUGAUCGGUAUCGCCGUGGGGUCCGUAUCGAGCUGGUGCCUUCACAGGGCGGUGCAAGCCUGGAAAAACCCCACCCUUCGGACAGCCACCACGCUGCUCUCUCAGGUCAACACGUUCUUCGGGGGAACGACGGGUCUCUACGACUUGGAAGUCAUUUACCGAAUUAUCACCGCCUGCAGUGCAGUCGCUCUCAUUGGAGGAUUCGUCCAAUUUUUGAUGUCAUUUUGGCUCCUACUCGCAGCAUCUCAGGGUGGCCGAAAUAUGGCCAGAGUUUGGGUCAUCGUCCACAUCGGUGUCAUCUGUGCCAUUGGGGGAGGAUUUUUAUGCAUAAUUACCAACGAGCUGGAAAUCAAUAGAGCGCUGACGGUCUUUCUGGCCGUCACGGGGACAGAUUUCCUUCUCCUCAUCUAUUUCGUUUGGGUCGUGUUCGCCUACAGCAGGUCCGGCCAUGAGUCAGACGUGUGAAGUGAAUCACGACAAAAAUUACGUAUUUUUCACCCCUAAUUUUUAUCGCUACUCUCAUUACAACCAGUAAAAAAUAACCGAUUUAUGUAGAGUAAAACAUAAAAAGUACAAGAUUUACGAUUUGUUUUUAAUAAUUUUACUUUAAGCUGUACAAUACUGCCAUACGCUAAUAAAUUGUUUGUAAUUUUCAACUUUUUUAUUACUCAUUGUUCUCAAAUCUUAUAUCUUUUAAGAGAUUUUAGCUUUUAUUGAGUAAUACAUAUGCCAUAUUAUGAUGGAAUUGGAGCAGAUAAACCAAAGUGUAAAAGUAAAUAUUGGUCGGUAUUUCCUUCCUCAGAGGUGUAAAUACCGGUGUUUUGCUAGCACUAUAAAAACGGUUCAAGUUACCUUUAUUAAGUAUUCUACCGUCUGCAAUAAAUGUUUUGUAGUUUGCGUAUCUUUUUUUGCAAGUAGUGUAGCAGUUAGAAAACUAUAAUAAUUACAUAAAGUUUGGUUGUUAAUAAAUGUAUAAUUAAUUAAUUACUGGUCAGUUUUAGUGCUAGAAAAUUUUUAAUGUAUGAAAAAAUGCGUGUGUUGUUUUCUUCCUUAUGUAAAUUAUGUAUUAAUUACGACAGGGAUGGGUGGGUAUGGUCGAGUGAGCUGAAAUAGUCAAUGUAAAUUUCGACAUAAUUUUUACAACUUACUGUAACUUAAAAACGCUGCUGCAAAUAUUUAAUGUUACAUAUUUAACCUAUUUUAUACACGUCGUAAACCUAUGUAAGUUUGUACAUAUGAUGCAAUUACAUAAAGGAAAGAGGAAACUAUUAUCUGUUUAGUUAAAUAAGUUAGGUUGUUGAUAGAUGCUAAAUAAGAUUCAUAUUCUGUAAUAAAAUAAAAUUUUAUGUCGCCACAAAUA